CAGUGAUUGGCUGGGCUGGAUUAGCAGAGGCCGUGAUUGCUGAAGUCUCUGGCAGGGUCUGCUGUCUUCGAAGAGUCUCCUGCCCUGUGCUACCCUCUGAAGAAGAGGAGAAGGCCUGCUCUCUCUGGGACCCAGUGAGCACAUCGCAUCAGGAACCCUGAGUGUCCACAGCAUAUCUCGUCAGCAUGGAGUUCUGAGGUCCAUGUGGCUCCUUGCUGCACACCAGGUGCUAAGGAAAAUGCAGAGACGCCACAGUAGCAACACGGACAACAUUCCACCUGAAAGAAGUCGCAGCCAGGCGCUCAGCCCUGAGGCCAGCGUGGAUGAGGGUGGUGUAUUUGAGAGCCUGAAGGCAGAGACGGCCUCCCCUCCUGCACUCUUCUCGGGUCUGUCCGGUGGCCUGCCUGCCAGCCCCUUCCCAGCAGGCCUGGUGCUGGGCUCCACAGCAGGGGGCGGGGAUGUCUUCAUCCCCAUGCCAGCCACCAGGGAUGAGGCCGGUGGCCGCAGCACCGAAGGAAGCACCUACCACCACCGCCAAGCCCACCACCACUUCCACCAUGGUGCCCACCGUGGGGGCUCGCUGCUGCAGCACGUGGGUGGGGACCACCGUGGGCACUCGGAGGAAGGGGCCGAUGAGCAGCCCGGAACUCCGGCACCUGCGCUGUCUGAGCUGAAGGCUGUGAUCUGCUGGCUUCAGAAAGGACUGCCCUUUAUCCUCAUCCUACUGGCCAAACUGUGCUUCCAGCACAAGCUGGGUAUUGCCGUGUGCAUCGGGAUGGCCAGCACCUUCGCCUACGCCAACUCCACCCUCCGGGAGCAGGUGUCCUUGAAGGAGAAGAGAUCAGUUCUGGUCAUCUUGUGGAUCCUGGCCUUCCUGGCAGGGAACACAAUGUACGUCCUUUACACCUUCAGCUCCCAGCAGCUCUACAGCAGCCUCAUCUUCCUGAAGCCCAACCUGGAGACGCUGGACUUCUUUGACCUGCUAUGGAUCGUGGGGAUCGCCGACUUUGUGCUGAAGUACAUCACCAUCGCCCUCAAGUGCCUCAUCGUGGCCCUGCCCAAGAUCAUCCUGGCUGUCAAGUCCAAGGGAAAGUUUUAUCUGGUCAUCGAGGAGCUGAGCCAGCUGUUCAGGUCGCUUGUCCCCAUCCAGCUGUGGUACAAGUACAUCAUGGGGGAUGACUCCUCCAACAGCUACUUCCUGGGAGGGGUCCUGAUCAUCCUGUACAGUCUCUGCAAGUCGUUCGACAUCUGCGGUCGCGUGGGCGGACUCAGGAAAGCACUGAAGCUCCUUUGCACUUCCCAGAAUUACGGAGUCCGAGCCACCGGGCAGCAGUGCACGGAGGCUGGCGCUGUCUGCGCCAUCUGCCAGGCCGAGUUCAGAGACCCCAUGAUUCUCCUGUGCCAGCAUGUGUUCUGUGAGGAGUGUCUUUGCCUGUGGCUGGACAGAGAGCGCACCUGCCCACUGUGCCGCUCCGUUGCCGUGGAUACCCUGCGAUGCUGGAAGGAUGGGGCCACGUCUGCACACUUGCAGGUGUAUUAACUAGACACCCGUGUCUGGGGAGCCGGGGCCUGAGGCUGCCUGGGAAACAGCCUCCAGGACUUCCUCCUGCUGUUCACCACCUCUACCUGAUGGCCCCAGGGUGCCCACACCAACACAUUCCUCACCUCCCUGGUACAGUGUGUGCAUCCUACCCCACCAGAGAGGGGAGCCCUCCUCACUCAGACCUGGCUUCCCCACAGGUAGGUGAUCUGUCCCCUCUGAGUAGAGGAGUCACCCACACACAGUCUCCCCUCACUUAACCUGCUUCCAGCUACUGGUACUCAAUGCUACAAACUGGUAGGAGCUGAGAGAGUCCAGUCUGACCCAGGUCUGCUCCCAGGAGCCACUGGGAAUGUCCAACAUGUGAGCACCAGGCUUCAGCCAGAGCUGACCAUAACAACAGCAGGAAGCACCGAGCAUCCUGCUCAGGCCGCCUCCUGGCCUCCAUGUGAGCCCUGGGGUGGGGUACGCUCUCACACCCUCGGCAGGUGUGAAGCUCCGUGCACUGCCCAGCAAGUAAGGGCCGCCUCAUCUCCAGCGCUGCCUGGCCCUGUUGCUGUAAGUGGCCCUCCUGGUUGAGCAUCGGAGGCCUAGGCAUACAGCACCUCAGAGACAGACUGCUCCGAGCACGCAGACGGUGAGGUCAAAUGGGAGGCGCCAUGGAGAGACCACGCUUUUGUGAUUCCUUUCCUCCCCGGCUCUGCCUGGGACAGGCAGUCUCAGAAGGGUCAGCUCUGGUCCAGAAGUGCAUGCCACCUGCCUUCUGUCAUUCUUCUGUCCUUAUUCUUUUCUACAUUGUCCCUUGCUUGUAGCUCAGGACUGUGCAGAGCUCUGGCGGGCAUGGCUGCCUCGCCCCCACCCCGGAAGACUUCAAUCCCUGUCAUAAGUGGCACACGGCUCUGGAGUGAUCCAGUGUCCCCUCCCUCUCUCUAGUGAGGUAAUUAGCUCAGAGAAACAACAGUCCUUCCAGAGUCUCUGAAAAGACUGCUUUAUAUCUUUAACUAAACUCCUGAGUGGGACCUCGGGGAACGCUGGGAGUAGCUCACAGGUGCGCUUCACAUCCUUGGGUCUCUAAGGCACAGCUGCUUCUCCCCCUGGAAAACUCUCUGGUUGGAAACCUGGGACGAAAUAGCACAGGUGACCGCACAGAAGCCUCUGGAAUUCUGCCUGCCUCCACCGGCUACCAACUCUGUUCUCUCACAGCCCGCAUCCACACGGCAGGCUGGCCCAAGUCACUUGUGAGAAAACUGCAAGGCUGGUGGGCAGAUUAGCAGACGCAAGGGGUGGGGCGGAGAGCCUCAGUGCUGUCUCCUCCCCUCUGUAGAUUCAGGAUCCAUGCCCUGAGCACCCCUGUUGGGACUUAUCCCUCUGCUUGGUCCCCCUGGCACUUUCCUGGUACCAGUAACACACCCUUCCCAGGGGACCAGGGCAUCCUUCAAGCUCUGUCACUAUGGCAAUGGCCAUGAUGCUAAGCAAUCCCACUGCCUGGGUGUCUGAAGCGGGAAGGGAGGAUGAGUCCUUCUGUUCUCUCUAGUUUGAGGGGGGACCCAGGAGAGCAGGGAGACGGCCUGCAACUGGUUUUUAUCAGAGAGAUCGCUGUGCCUGAGAUGCUGUCAGCAUUGUGGAGGGGUUGGAGCUGCGGGAGGUGCGCGGAGGUGUAGGUGGGAUGGAUCAGAAGCAGUCAUUGGGAGUCGGGCUUGGAAACCUGACCCCAGACUCUGUGAUGUCCCUAUACCCUGUAUCACCACUGUGGGGCUACAAAACCUAGCAUGUUAUUUGCUGGGACGGAGAAAACUAGUAAGAGGACAGAAGCUGGAGCUCCUUUGGUAGCGCGCUUGCCUAGCCCGCAGGAAGCCUGAGUUCCGAGGCCAGCACCACGUGAACAAGGCAUGGCCAUGCACACUAGCAUUGCUAGCACUGAGUGGGAGAGGCAGGAGGAUCAAAAGGGCAAGAUCAUUCCUUGGCCACAUAGCGAGUUCCAGGACCACCUGGGCUCCAUGAGACUCCAUUUUAAAAGGGAGAAACAGGUGAACUAACAGUGUGGGUUACCGGCAAGUGUACCAAGGGUUUAACUCCCCCACCCCCAUUACUUCUCUAACACCCUGUAAAUAUCAACCAUACCCUGCCACACGGGGUGCAUCCCCUGAGACAGUGAGAUGCUCUUCAGUUCGCAUCCUUCGGGGAACACCCCAUCAGCGGGGUUUCUCCAGGCCGGAGGGUUCAGGCAGUGGCCCAGACAGCAGGCCGUGGGAAAGUGUCCCCUGGAGAACAGGCGCUCUCCUCCUGCAGUGGCAUGUCAGUCCUCAGCGUUAAGCAGGUCAGUGGUGCGUCAGGAUUUGGCUCCUGUUAUUUUGUGGGUCACAGACUCAAAGCCCUGAGUCCUCAAAGUCGCGUGUGGGACCUGAGAGUAAUAAGGUCGGGGAGGCUGGUGGGGGCACAGGCUCAGAGUGCUUGCCUCGAGCUCUUCUGUGGGGGGAGGGGGUCUGAGACAGGGUUUCUCUGUGUAGCCCUGGCUGUCCUGGAACUCACUCUGUAGACCAGGCUAGCCUCGAACUCAGAAAUCUGCCUGCCUCUGCCUCCCAAGUGCCGGGAUUAAAGGCGUGUGCCACCACCGCCCCAUUUGCCUUGCGCUCUCAAGAGGAACCAGGUACAAUUCCCAGCGCUCACGUCAAGGGGCUCACAACUCCAGCUCCAAGGACACAAACAUUUAAAACAGAAAUCUUCCAGAAACGCAUGGGAAGAAGAAAGGCCUGCUUUGGACCUGAGCCUAACAGGCCCAGCACCUUCCAAAGGGAGCGACACAGGCACGGAGCCUUGGGACUGUCCCCCUGCUGAAGAGGAGGUGGGCAGCCAUCUGAGGUCUUCUGCACUUUUGCUUUGGACAUGUCUUUGGUGUCUUUAAGAACCUUCUGCCAAUAAACCUCC